CACAUCACAUGCACAUCACGGAGCAUUUCGACUAACUUCGGGAAACGAUGCCCUCAGAUGUCGAAUUCGGCAUGUCAUUAUGUCAAGUUGAACACAUCCACUUUGGUCAUAUGACCAAGACGAUUACUUCUUUAAAAGUUGAAAUUGACAUAGCCAUAUGCCGAACUGUAUAACUAUUUUCUGGAAUUGCGGUUAGUAAGAUCGCGAUAUGGUCAAAUGUUUCGGACAAGGGCCAAAUUCGCUAUCUGUCUCUGUCAUAUACAAUACUUUUCGCAUAUUAAAGAAACCCUCGAAAAAACCUUCUUUUUUGAAUAUUUACAGUAUUGUCUUUUUUAAAAUGUUGUUAGAAAUAUGUAAACGUUUUCUAGAUAAUGAUUUCACCAAUUAAAUGAAUUUGGUUGGAUGACACGAAUGCAAAGUCCCAAAAUUAUAAUAAUUAACAUUAGCAUCGCCUUUAUUAUUUCCCUACUGGAUUACACAACAGUUGAGCUACGUAUUUCGGAUAUAAUUCAUUGUCGACGAAUCUAAAAUUAUUUUCGUCUGAACAGACAAUCAAAUUAUAUAUAUGAAUAGAAUAGACCAAUUUACAGUGAACUGUGCACGCGAUAUUUACAGGACUUCAUCUGCGGGAAUGGCGCAUAAGGGUGGUACCAGUAGCUUCCUCUACGAUACAAAUUGACGUGAUUUCCAUUAAUUGUUCUGAAACUGAUGUAAUACAUAAAGUAUAAAACUACCGGGAAGAUGCGAAGACCUGGCUCACUCAUUAUCAAUACUUAAUUGUUUCCAAGGGGUAAUAAUGUAGGUAUUCUACAACUUUUUUGCAAGGCGUUUGGAAGGAGGUCCAAGUUCACAUUAAUCAAUUUAAACUUGUUGAGAUAAACACUAUCUGUAGAUUUUGUAUAAAUACGCCCGAAGUGUCAUUACGAUUUUUACUUUGUCAUCAGCGCAAUGAGGGCUGUACUAUUUUUGUUACUGAUCGGCGGGUGCCUAACAGAAAACCAUGCAGAUAAUUGGAAGUCGGAGUUCCGGCGUGACUUAGAGGCGUCCAUUGACCCAAAUAAUCGUCAGGCCACGUCUCUGGGAGGUUUGGCGCCUCCAGAUAUAGUGCAGAGAUGGCUUGCAUCUCCAAAAGAGGAAACCGAUGAAUCGCCACUUUGCGAGGUGUGUGAUGCAAUGGUUGACGUUGCGAUAACCGCCCGGAAGCGUAGGGCUGGAGAAGAACUUAUUUCAGAAAUAUUUGUCAAAAUGUGUAAGUGGUUCGAAUUGGAGAAGGAAUCCUUCUGUGAAAGUUACGUGAAGAAUAACAUCGACAUAUGGUUACACAUCUUUGAUAACAAACCCGCGUUAAGGUCAAGGACUUUCUGUGUAUACGCUCUCCAUAAACACCGCUGUCGAGAUCCUGAACGUAUGGACUGGACCAUUGAAUUACCUCCCAAGCCAGUUUCAAAGAACGUAGCCCAUUCCCCAGCGAGCACCACAGAAGCGCCACUUAAGAUUCUCCACCUCACCGACAUUCAUUACGACCCAGAUUAUGAAAUCGGCUCAAACGCAAACUGUAAUGAUAUGCUGUGCUGCCAAAAAGGCACGAAACCCAAUACAAGUGCUGAUGAAGCGGGCUACUGGGGCAGCUAUCCGUGCGACACCCCUUGGCAUGCGGUCGAAGAUGUAUUACACCAAGUUAUAGAAAAACACACCACUUAUGACGCCAUUUACUUCACUGGCGAUAUCAUCAAACAUAGCGAGUGGCUGACGGGAAUAAAGACCAAUACCGAAGAAAUAAUUAAAGUGUUUGACGAAUUCAAAGCGGUCUUCAAGGGUAUACCUCUAUUCCCCACUUUAGGCAACCACGAACCAUUUCCGUCACAUCAAUUUUCUUCCGAUAGCAUCGGUGCUAGUAGCAAUUUAUCAACACAAUGGAUAUACGACCUAAUGGGAAAAUCAUGGGAGACCUGGCUACCAGAAGACGCCCUACAAACGGUUUUUAAAGGAGGGUAUUACACAGUGUUAGUAAAACCUGGGUUGAGAUUGAUCGCUUUAAACAACAACGUGGCUUACACGUACAAUAACUGGUUGUACUUCGAUGACAACGAUCCUUUGGGGCAACUGAAGUGGUUGGUCGAGGUUUUAACGGAAUCCGAAGCAAAGGGCGAGAAAGUGCAUAUUAUUUCUCAUGUACCGUCAAACGACAUGUUCUGUUUCUAUAACUGGGGCAAGGAGUACACCAGAAUCGUUGAGAGGUUCGCCCAUGUAAUAGUGGGUCAGUUUAAUGGACAUUCUCACGAUGAUGAUUUCUUUGUCUACUUCAACUCCCAAAACCAUAGCGAAGUGGUUAAUGUUGCAUACGUUGGAGGAAGCGCUACAACUUACACGAACUCAAACCCCAAUUAUAAAAUAUUCGACAUCGAUUCUAACACUUAUAACGUUCUCAAUUAUGAAACUUGGAUAUACAACUUAACGGAAGCGAAUCUCACCCCUAAAAAUCCACCGAGGUGGUACAAGCUGUACGACAUCAAAUCUGCGUAUGGCCUCCCCAGUUUAAAUCCGGCCGAUUUCACUGACCUAAUGGAACGUAUGGCUAAGGAUCCCGAACUUCUUCAAAAGUUCCAUAGGUACAAGAAACGAGAAGCCGACCAGAUAAUGGCGAAGGGUUGCAAUCGAAAAUGCGAGCUAGAGACUAUGUGUUACAUGGUGACCACUUGGUUUGGUGAAGAUGACCACUGCAAACACUACACUGAGAUAUAUAACAGUAACCUACCGGAAAAUUAGUUUGUUGUUUAUACAAAAAAUUAUUUAUUAUGUAACUUGUUAGUUUUACAAUGAAAUGAAGUAAAUGGUAUACAAUA